CGCGGGCGGGCAGAAGUGGGACUGCGCAAGGGCCCAUGGGAGAGUUGACCCUGUGACCCUGGCGGAGAACCCCUGGGCCUCUUGAGGAGAACAAGUUUCUGUUACCAAACGUGCACAAGUUUUAGUGACCAGGUGAGGGGAGGAAGGCAGUGUCUUGCGGAAGGACUACGUAAGAACCCUUCCGUCCGCCCCAAGCCCGGGCGAGAAUCUGAGUUGUUCUCGUGGGUCUCCCCCCCUCCCGUGGACCCGGGACCUUCUCGCCUCAGGGGCUGUGUGAAGAUGGUGAAGAGUAGCCGCCUAGGCGCGCCGGUCUGCGAAGCCCACGGGCACGAGGCGGCUGGCCGUGUGCGCUUGCGCGCCGCUCUGGGCAGGGCGGGACGGGGCGUCUCCCGCCGCUCGCUGGAGGCGGGGCCUGGGCCGGUGCACCGCGCCCGCGGGCUGACCUCGUUGAACGCCUGCCCGUGACGUCACCCCGCCGUGACGCGUACGCAGUAGGAAAACUCCUGGCAACUUCAGCAGUAAUUUCAGCCAGUUUGCAUUUAAUGGAAGAAGACCAUUGUCUGCUCAUGUACAUGUCUAAUGCAUAAUAGUUUAUAUUCUUUAAAGUCGAUUGGUCAAAUAUAUUUGAAUGAUGACUCUCCAAGGCCCUUGGAGUAAUGGGAUCAAGACAGAUGUGAACCCUGCCCUUGUGGAGUCUUGAGUCUGCUGAGGAAGAUACACAUUAAAUUACAUCAAUAUAAGUAUGAUCUGUAUUGGGAGAAGAGAACUAAAUUGUACAAGGGUGAUAUAGCGUCUCAGAACUUCAGCUCAUCUGGGUCCCUAAGCUAUAACUCACGUGUUUCAAGAGAAACCCCAGACAUUCCAUGUGCUCCCCAUAUUCUUUCUCCUACUCCUUCACUCCUGUUUGCUGCUCUCACUCUGAUAGUGUUCAUGUAUACCUGGCCUUGGAGAACACAACAAUCAGUGGCCUUGCUUUUUCAAUCUCCAAGAGAAUUUAAGAAUUCCUAUGUAAUUUUGUGAUGAAAAGUUACUGUUCAAGUCACAUACAUCAUAAUGCGGAAUUCUUCAUCAGUACCACCAAAAGAUGAAGAUGAAUCAAACAUUCCUUCUGGAACAGCACAGAGUGGGAAAAGUUUACAGAAUAAGAGUCAGUUUAGGACCAUCGCACCAAAAAUUGUGCCUAAAUUCUUAACAUCCAGAGUGAUACCCUGUCCUUCCUCACUUUCUGACCAAGGGAGUCUGGCUCUAACCUCCAAGCCCCUGGGCAUACCCACCCAGAACUAUGCUCUGAUGCAGGUGGCCGGCCAGGAGGGGACGUUUUCUCUUUUUGCUUUGCCGAAUGUUGCCUCAGCUCAGCCAAUUCAGAAACCCAGAUUGCCCCUGCAUGAAAACCUUAAACUGCCUAUUCCUCGAUACCAACCACUAAGUAACAAAGGGUUAAGAAAGAAAGAGGACCUGAACUCUCCCAAGAGUAGCUGGAAUGAACCUCCUGGACCACCGCAGACAUGCCAAAUGUCCCCUUCCCCACAAGCCCGUCCUGAACUGCCUCACAAGACCAGCCCGUUGAAGCCAAUGCCCACUUUAAACCCUUACCCCACCAUCAAGACAGCUACACUGACUGGUAGUAUUGGCCCAGGAGAUUUGAAUUCUCUAGUGACCAACAGUUGUAGAGACCUGAAGCUUCCUGCCAUCCCAGCGUGCUCUACCAAGGAUUCCUCUUUCCCAAAGAAUCUCUCAGCAAUCAUGCAGAAGGCAGACUGUGCCAAGAAGGAGGUGCCCACUAGUCCUGCUGUUGCUGGUGAAGAGCAUAAAGAGCAGGUGGCUCCUGCACACACUGUCUUCAGCAGUGUGAUUCAGUUGGUCUCUUUAGUACCGAAGGGUAAACUGCCCAUCCUACCUUUCUCAAGAAUGAAAGCCACAGAGGUGGACAAAGUGGAAUCAGAUGCUGAUUAUGCCAAAUUAUCUUCAUCUGGAUGCAGGGCACACUGUGAUGAAAGACUGUCCAUCACAGAAAGAUUUGAUGCAGCCACCACAUUACCCAGCAAGAUAACUGCUCUGCAUGGGCCAAACCAGAGUGGUUAUGAAAGUGCCUUCUGUCCUGUCAGCAAAUUAGAUCUCAGCCACAAAGUAAAACCAAGUAGUGGGGCACCAAAGAAAAGAGGAAGAAAAUGGAAAGUGCCAGAUGAGAUUUUAGCAUUGCAGGGCAAAAGGAGGAAAUACAUUAUUGGUCUGUGUGGAGAUGGUGUAGAAAGGGGGAGAAGCAGUCCCCAAGAACCCAGAGACCAGAAGCCCAAGGCUGCUUCAAGAAAAUAUCGUAGUAUCAUGCCUAAGCCUGUGAUUGUCAUGUCUGCUUGGGCACCCUUGGCAUCUUCUGCAGCUGCCCUGCAGUCCCCAACUCCCAGCAGCCUCAGUCAGGGUAUUUUGCUGAACAAUGCACUGCCUCCAAGAUGUCUUGGCUCCAAGCAAAGUGACAGCCCUGCCACUAAGCCCAGUUCUGUGCUCAGAAACAGAUUCUCUGGCAUUAAGAAGCCCUGGCACAUGUGUCCUGUCUGUAACCACCACUUCCAGUUCAAACACCACCUUCUAGACCACAUGAAUACGCACACCAACAGACGGCCUUACAGUUGUGGGAUCUGUCGUAAAGCCUACGUCCGUCCUGGCAGCCUGAGCACACAUAUGAAACUUCACCAUGGGGAAAAUCGCCCUAAGAAACUAGUGUGCUGUGAGUUUUGUGCAAAAGUGUUUGGUCAUGUCCGAGUCUAUUUUGGCCAUCUGAAGGAGGUGCACAGGGUUGUGAUCAGCACAGAGCCCUCCUCCAGUGAGCUGCAGGCAGGAGACACAUCAAGGAGCAAGGACAGAGAUGCCUGUGUGCAAGCACCUGAUGGCCCACUGGAGAGGGAAACCAAGUCAAGUUUGGAAGAAGAUUUCCUUCUCAACCAGGCAGAUGAAGUCAAGUUGCAAAUCAGAUGUGCCCGUUGUCAGAUCACUGCUCAGUCUUUUGCUGAAAUUAAGUUCCAUUUGCUUCACGUUCAUGGGGAAGAAGUACAGGGCCGGCUUCAGGAGGUGUUCUUACCAGGCAGCAGGCCCAGUGCUCCCCACCAGAAGCAGCACACUGAGAAAAGGAAGGAAGUGAAGCCUUGUGCCUCUGCGGAGGACUCCCCAGCGUUUCCUAAUGUGAAAAGACAGCCACCCCCUCAUCAGAACAGGGAGGAACUGUGGGCAGAAAGUGAAGGUGCCCAGUGGGGAAUGAACAGCCCACAGCAUCCCACCAGGCUUCUCUGGUCCCAUUCAGGCUUUAACUGCCUGCUCUGCGCCCAGAUACUGGGGAGGAAGGAGGACCUGCUUCUUCACUGGGUGCACCAGCACAACUGUGAGGAGCCCGCCAGACUCUGGGCUCUCCUGGGUGUGUUCUCUCACCAGGGAGCUCCUGAGUUCCCCAGUGAAGUAAGGCAGUGACACUGAGGCCACCAGCUAAAGAGAUGUCACACUGUGGCCCCUCUGUCAUGUUCUGUUCCUGUUAGUAUUUAAUUAUAAGGAUCCAGUACUCCAGGGCCAGCACCAGUGUCCAGAGGUAAUUUUUGUGCAUAGUUUUAUUUUCUUAAGAAAUGAAGUAUGUGCCCUGGAUGCAUUUUCUAACAUAUAUUGUCUCACCUUAAAACUCCAUGCAUUCUCUAAUAUUGUAGACUCUUUAUCUCAUAAUAAAUAAAAGAUUCAAAUUAAGAAAUUAAAAUGUAAA